CCUUCGCUUCUUUUUAUUUAAUUUUAUUUCUUUUUGCUCAACCCACUUCCUAUUAUUUUUCUAAGGAAAAAUCCCACAUUCAUAUAUUGAUCUUACAAGCUUAGUGGGUAUUACAUUAUCAGCAUAUAAAUAAUAUGUAAUGCAUUAAUUGUAUGUCAAAUUUGUAGUAUUCACUGUUUUCUUUUGCUAGAUGUCUGGAAAAGCAGAGGAAGGAAUCCUUUUGGCUCCUAACAGUUAAUCGCAAGCUUAGUGCCAUGAAUAAACUGUUAAUGGAAGAAAAUGAUCAGCUGCAAAAGCAGGUGUCUGAACUUGUUUAUCAGAAUGUCCAUAUGCACCAGCAAGUGCAAAAUGCAUCUGUGACAACAAGAAACACCAGUUGUGAGUCUGUGAUUACAAGCGGUCAGUUUCACCAUCAGCAAAACUUAACGGCUCAGCCUCCUCAAAGAGAUGCUAAUAACCCAACCAGGACAUCAAACAAGCAGAGGUGCACAUCCAGUAAUAGAUAAAGAGAAUUUUCUAUUAACAAAUAAAACUACUGGGGAAGAUUUAGUUAAAUCUCUACACAGAGCAAGAAGGAUAACGUUGGCACCAGUAAGAAGAAUAUUUAUGUA